GGCGGAAGGCCGGCAGAAGGCUGGCGGAAGUAAAAAUUUGCCUCCCACGAGAUGGCAGAGUUUGUCCGUGGCCAUUUUUGCUCAAGUCUUUUCGGUUCAGGUCGGGAAUAACAUACCCAACACACUAAUCUAUUCCACGCGCGCAAGCGGUACGACAUCCUAUUCAAUCAGGUGAGAUGACGGCUCGGGUGGCAACGACAAUUUCUUUGGUUGCAAGCUUCUUUCAAGCUGUACCCGGUGCGACAUCCAUGAAAGCGUCAAUGGUUGCUAGUACUUCUCAAAAGUUUAAAGCCUCGAAUGCUGCGGAACAACUCCUGGGCGUGGUGACUUGUGGCCAGUCCAGCCUCCGGGAUGACUACGACGCCGCGGCGCCCUUCUCCGAGGGGGCCGCCGGCAGCUUCCAGUCUACGGGCCAAGUGGGAACGUGGGAGUUUCUCGCCGCCAGCUCGAUGAAUUCAGGCACGGGCACUCCGCUCACAUUCACCAGCUCCAGCAACAAUGUUCGUACUGGGAACACGUUCAUUCGCUCAGGACAGGUGCUCGACCUCCCCACCAUCGGGCUCGGUGUCAACAGCGCGGUCAUCUCGCCCAGCACUAGCGAGGGCCAGAUCGAGGCGGGCUACCUCGGGCUGCACCCCGGCUAUGAAGGAAAUUCGGAGAAGUACCUCCUGGUGCGAUUCACUCCGGCAGCGGGGGCGACGGUCUUCUUCGAUUUCACGAUCAAGGAACUGGGCGUAGAGUGUGGUGGCCUCGAAGCAUCGGUGAGAGUCGGCGGAAGUAUGCUGUCGUCGACGACAGCGAUCAGAAGCGGGGCACCAUGGUCAUUCCAGAACAGCGUCGCCACGGGCGACCCAAUCGAGGUGUACAUUGGCCCCGGAGUGCACUAUGCCUGCGACCACUCGGAGAUCCACAUGCACGUGCUUGGGUCCACCUGCCCUUCCACGCCGACGCCAGCACCAACGCUCGCACCGACGCCCAGCCCGACACCCAGCCCAUCGCAGGCGACGUCGUUGUCCUCCGCCACCGGCGACCCACACCUGCAGAACAUGUUCGGUCAGCGGUUCGACUUGGUGAGGCCGGGUACGUUUGUCUUGGUUAGCGUUCCGCGCGGAACGCCCGUCGAGGAUGCGCUGCUUGUUGUAAAGGCCGACGCGCAUCGAUUGGGGUCACAUUGCUCGGACAUGUACUUCCGGGAGAUCAACGCCACGGGGAAGUGGGCGAACAAGGCGCGGCCCGGAGGCUUCCACUUCGACGCUCGCGACGCGCGAGACGAGACGCCGGAGUGGCUGAAACUCGGGCCUGUGGAGCUCAAAGUCGGCAGCGGUCACACCGACAAGGGGCAGCCUUACCUCAACGUCUACGUCAAGAACCUUCAACGCACUGGGUAUCGUGUCGGAGGCUUGCUGGGAGAGGAUGACCACACGGAGGCGGCGGCGCCUGAGAAAGGGUGCCAGAAGAUGCUGUCUCUGGAUGCGCGUUUGUAUGGCCAAGCUGAGAAUCUACAGGGCUCCGUCGCAAUCGCCAACUGAGCCGAGGGCUCCCGGCUCCGCGCGGGGCGGACGAGCCCGCCAGCAGGGGUCGUUCAGCAGCGGGGAGUCUUCAGCGGGUCACUCGGUAUGCCACUCGCGCCCGGGCGUGUAAGGCUGCUGGGCCGACUUGCAGGUGAGCUCCGCCUGCGGACAUGGUCGCCUCUGCUUACCAAGACCGUUCUGCUCUCGGGCCAGCCAGACAUCUUUCAUAUAUAC